AUGUCCUGGGAAACCGCCGCAGCCGAAGCAGACGCCCGCCGGGGCGCAGACGGAACCGCACGCGCGCUCGGGCGGAAACUCAGUACAACACCUCAGCACCUCUCGCGUGUGCUGUAUAUCCCCCGGCACGAUUUUCAGACACCUCAUCUCCCUCUGUACGAUGUUAGCUCGCGAUAUGUGGAUGUCGUGGGCGAUACGGCCAUGGGGUCCGGGAAGUAUACGGUUGCGUUGGGGAUUAUGGCAAAGCCCGGUGGAGAUGGAGGCGAUGAUGGGGUUGUGGCGUAUCUGGUAGAUUUUCUGAAUAUCCGUGGGGACGGGGUUACUGCGAGGGUUAGGCGUCGUGGUCUGCUGGGGCAGAAUGGGGAUGUUGAAGUUGAACUGAGCGCAAACGAAGAAGAAAUCACUCUCAGCGUCGCGGGCGAAACCACUCCCAUCUCCCUGGAAACAACAUACCCGAUCGCACCCUCACGCUCCCAGUUCGGCACAAUCUCCCAUCCAUACUUCCACUAUCCCCUCUCAUCCGGCUCCAGCCUCGCGCAGCUCCGCUGGGAAAUUCACCCAGUAGAAGAUGGACCCCUGCGGUAUACCCUGACCCGCUCGGCGUUUGGCCCGUCUGCCCUCUCAGAGCAAUACGGCGGGGAGCCUGGACUUAGUGGCGCGACGAUAGAAGCCAUCUACCACCACGUUGGAUUGGGCCUCUCGCUCUCACAGGCGUACAGUGAGGGUGUAUUGCUGUUGUCGCCGGGGACUGAUCCCAGAGCGGAGGCGGUCUAUGUUGCCAGUGUGUUGGCGAUGCUAUGGCGGUUGCGAAGGCUGGAUGCGGCUGGGAAUGAGGGCGUGAGCAGGAAGAGCUGGUUGGGGUCUGCCAAGAAAUUAUUGAGGGGCCACUGA